AUGGCGCGUUUUAACUUAAUUUGCUUAACAUUUUUGGUGAUUUUGGGAUUUGCUCUUGCAGGUGUGCGAUUACCUCGAUCGCCUCAAUUUGGUGGUAGACCAGGAGGUUUUGGUCAAGGUGGUUUCGGCCAAGGUGGUUUCGGUCAAGGUGGUUUCGGCCAAGGUGGUUUCGGCCAAGGAGGGUUCGGCAAUGGUGGUUUUGGUCAAGGUGGGUUUGGCAAUGGAGGUUACGGGCAAGGUGGUUUCGGCAAUGGAGGCUUCGGGCAAGGUGGUUUCGGACAACGGGGUUCUGGACAAAACGGUUUUGGACAAAAUGGUUUCGGACAAGGUGGUUUUGGUCGGGGCCUCGGUGGAUAA